AUGCCAUGUGGGUUACCUCCCCGGCCAGGGAUCGAUCUCGCGGUGAGGCGGCUGCCGAUGGGGGCCAAGCCUGGGGACACAGAUGGGCAGUGCAUGGCCCCUGCCUUCAAGGAGAUGGUGGAGAUAAGCAACAGACCAUCCUUGGUUCAAGUCAAAGGGGACUCUGGAGAUGACGUAGAUCCCAAGGACAUAGUUGGAGUUCUUCAGGAAUCCAUCACCCUUCCCUUGGAAAUACCAUUCAGUGAGGAGUUAGAUCCAGACUCCACCAGGCUGCUUGCCACCACCGUGCCCAGGACCAUGGGGUAUCCGCCCACCAUCACGUUGACUAGCCUGCACUAUGAGGGCCGAGUGGGCUUCUUGGACCCUCCCUAUUCCCUGUUUAUCAGCAAUCUGAGCUGGGGGAAUGCAGGCCCUUACCAAGUGCAAGUCAACCUGAGGGCGUCCCAGCCCUGUAUCGGUCUGCGGACGCCUGUCAGAGCCACAGUCACCCUGAACCUUGAGAGCGCAGGGGGAGGCUCCUGCAGUGUGUCCCUGGCGUGCUCUGUAGAGAAGGCAGGCCGGGACGUGACCUUCAGCUGGACGUCCCUGGAGAACGGCACCAACACCGCCCACGAAGGCGCUGUCCUCAGCGUGUUCUGGAAGCCUGGGGACAAAGCUGUCUCCUACGUGUGCAAGGCCGACAACCCUGUCAGCAGCGUCAGCUCUUGUUCCACUCCCACUAGGCUCUUCUGUGCAGAUCCUGGCUCUCUUUCCCAGAAGGCCGGAGGGCCCGUCUGCAUCCUGGCCAGAGGACUGCUCCUCCUCGUUCUGUUGGUGACACUGGCCGUGGGGCUUUGGCUCGGUGGAGCUGGGUGACGUGAGAUGCCGGAGGUGAAGAAUCUCAGGAGAAAUAGAAUGAGGCUGAGAAGAAAGGACAAGCCUGGCCCCAGCCUGGCCUGA